UGAUAGCUGGGACGACAUUAGCGCUCCAAGCGGUCAGAAAUAGUGUAUUUACGUAUGUCGUAAGGAUAAUGCGAACAUUUAAUUACUUAACGAAAUGGUUGUUGUAUUUCUGCAUUCCAUACGUUAACAAGUACCAAGAGACAUGAAUUGUUGUGAAAUACACGUAAAAACAACCAAAUCAGACUGAUUUAAUGACACAAGCUAGAACCUAUCCAUGAGGAAUUACUUUCGAGUAUGUUGUGUAUGUGCAGCUUAUUCCUCUGAAAGUUCCACUUUCCUGAUUCGGCUGAGAGUGUGGUGAAUAAUACUCUGCUCUGUUGGGUAGAUAUACAACCUCAUUUUACGAAAGUUUGUCUUGAAAAUGGCGGGGUGUUCUCCCGCCGAAAUAUCGGAGGUCGCUGAAAAUGUUACUGGGCUGGAUUCCCAAAUGGCACCGACUCCACCGGCUGUGAUUUGUGACGACUUACUGCUUUCCAUAUUUUCCUUCCUGUCAAUCCCAGACUUGGCUCGGUGUGCUGCCGUGUGUCAGCAGUGGCACAAAAUUGUGACAGGAUUUACACACCUGUGGAAGGGGAAGAGGUACGUCAGUGACAGAAGUCCGAGGGAAUCUGACGAGACACGUGCAAUCUUGAACACUCUACCGCCGUUGCAGGAAGUCAUAGUCAAGCAGCACGUCAAUUUCGAGGUGGACAUUUCCUACCCCCGUAUGGUUCUGUCGGUGACCAGCAUUUCCGACUUGGGAGCCGCGCGAGGCUACCAGAGAUUGACGUGCACGUACCUGUCGACUAAACUCGACAUCGCGGACAACACCCUCUCCCCCCGUUCGCCUGUCGACCUGGCGGCGCUCCGCAAGCUGCGGAUCAUCAGGGCGAUACCGACACUCGAACCUGACGCCAGGGCGGAGUACGCGGUCAGUUCCGCCCUGCACCUGUGCCCGAAUCUCAGAGAGCUGAGUGUGUACGUAGACUCCAUGUCGGCGGACUACCUGGAAGGUUCGGAAGGGAUCGGCCGGUUGCGGACACUCGAAAUACGGUGCCCCCGCCUGAAAGAACUGUCGUUCCUAAAACAUUGCUCGGCCACGUUGGAGGAGCUGGAACUGAAAGGUUGCUCCGACCUGCCGUCCGCCGCGUACGCGGUGCUCCGGCACCUCGGGAACCUGCAGAGGCUUCGGCUGCGGGACUGCUGCGUGCUGGGAGACGACCUGGAGGCGGCCGUCACGGGUCUGAGGUCCCUCACGUCCCUGCAGCUGGUCGACUGCGUAUUCGUCUCCGACCUGUCCUUCCUGAGCCGUUGCGAGCGGCUGCGGGAGCUCCACGUCGAAGCCGAGGACGCGCCGGUCGCGGGCCUGCGGCACCUGCCCACCGGCCUCCGCUCGCUCUGCCUGGUUGGUGACACCGUGACCGCGGAGGACCUGUCAGAGUUGCUGCCGCGCCUGCCGCUGCUCGAGGAGCUGGACCUCUGCCGCGCGGAGCUCGUCCGCCUGGGCUUCCUGCGGCACUGCCCUCGGCUGCGCCGCCUCUGCCUCGAGUUCUCGACGUGGUCCGACGGGUGGGAGCUGUCGAACCUGCACCACUUGACGCAGCUCGAGGUCCUGGACCUGAGGAGGUGCGCGGUCGACGCGGACGUCCUCUCCGGAGUUGUGCCCUCACUGCCGCGGCUGGAUGCUCUGUCUCUGGCUCACGUGGAGGACUUAAUCCACUUGGAGUUCCUCGGGUACUGCCCGCAGAUUCGUAAACUGUCACUUUUUAAUGCCUUCGGAUGGCAGUUGGAGGCCUACCGGGAACUGUGCCACCUGAAAAAUCUGCAGCACUUGUGUGUCAGCAAAUUAGUGUACAACUUUGUCCACGAGCUCGUCCGACCGUGCCUGCCACGAGUAAAAAUUUAUUGCUCGGAUCGGUCUAUUUAAACUUCUGCUCGAGGAGCUUUUCUAACUGUAGAUGUCGACAAUUGUAUAGAUUGAUGUACAUCAUUUACAGACUGAAUUUUUCACUAUGCAACAGUGUGUGUGCCAUUCCCAUUCUUAUUGGCAAGUUAAAACUGUCUGCCGUACAGGGACUCAAACCCACCUAUUGCAGACAGUACCGACUCGGUUUUACAGUCGUCGUCCACAGUCUACCCUCCCCAAUGUACUUUAACCAGUACCUUACUCUACCUUUCAGACUUCACAGAAAAUCUCUCGCAUAACUAACUGAACUAGCAAUCGUGAGAAUAAGGAUAUGGGGGAGAAACUAUUUUCAAACUGAAUGUGUACUGCAGAGUGAAAGUUUAACUAACUCUGGGAACUACCCCUAGGCUGUGACUAAACCAUUUCUUAGCAAUGUCCCAUCUUUCAGAACUGCUAGUUCUGUAAGGUAUGCAAGAGAACUACUUUAAAAUUUGGGAGGUAGAAGAUGAGGUACUGGCGUAAGUACAGCUGUGAGGGUACCUCAUGAGUCGUGCCUCAGUAGCUCAGGUGGUAAGAACGUUGCCCACGAUCGGUAGGGUUCUGGGUUCCGAUCCCAGUAUGGCACACAGUCCUAAUUUGGCUAGAAGUUUCUCUACAAGUGAUGUUUGAAAGAAUUCUCAUUAAAUAACAUUUUCUGCAGUUCACUUUUAGUACCAGGUCAGUGUUAUAAACACGAGCGAGCAGUAUAAUUGUAGUAAAACCUGUUUUGCAUUUCCAGAUUUGAUGUUCACCUGCUCUUUUAUGUUAUUUUCUGUCGGUCCCUUCGUAAGCUGUAUCAUCUCUAUUAGUUGUCGUCCUGCCAUUAAAAAUUUUGUGUGGAUAACAUUUCCCAUGGUUGCCACAUCUGAACCACUACCACAAGUUGCAUAAUAGGUUUUCAGAUUGGUUUGUGUGGAAAUUAGUUUGUGUUCCCACUCGUGCACAACUUGUAAUAUAAUGCAUAAUGUAAACUGUAUGUUUUGAAGAUUUUUCUUCUAAUUUUACGUGGUUAUAUUUAAUGUCCACUUAUGACCCAAAUGAUUCCUUUAAUGCCCGCAAGAACCAACUGUGCCAAUGCCUUUAGGAGAAAUGCAACAAUGUUGCUCAAGAUUGUAUUUUUAUACGUUGAAAAUAAUUUAAUGGUUCAUCUGCUUAUUGU